AUGACUGCUUUACCGCACAACGACACCAGCGUGAUGGAAGAAAAAGAAGCCGCGCAGACGACGCACCUCGAAGACGUUGCCGAGUCGUCGACCCUUGCGUACGAGCAGGCGGAGAUGGAGCCGCGCAUGAAUCUACAGACAUGCCUGGCUUUCCUGGCUCUUGCAUCGCAGUACAAUGCUUAUGUCCUCACCUUGCUUAUUCCGUCGACUACUCUGAGCUACAUCAAUGCGGAUUUGGGACCGAAUUCGAACUAUCCUUGGAUCACUGUGUCUUGGACUCUAUGUGCUUCUUUCCUCAUCUCCGUCGGUGGAAGACUGUCCGAUAUCUUUGGACGACGCUACUUCAUGAUCUGCGGCGCCACCAUCAGCUUCAUCGGCACCAUCGUCGGUGCCACCGCGCAGUCUAUCAACCAGAUGAUUGCCUCUGGCGUGUUGUUCGGCCUCGGCUCUGGCUUCCAGGAGAUGGGUUACGCUGCCUGUCAGGAGAUCGUGCCGAAUAAGUAUAGGAUGUGGGCAGUUGGCCUGUUCGACUUCCUCGGGCUCAUCGCUCAGACGGGGCCGCUAGUCGCUUACUCAUUCAUUGCGAAGACGGAGAUUGGAUGGAGGGGAGCAUAUUGGUAUAUGUGCGCGUUCCACGGCUUCUUCGGCAUCGUCAUGUUCUUCACUUACUAUCCCCCAACUUUCCACACGAAGCACAAGCAUGAUGGCAAAACCAAGACCCAGCUCAUCAAAGAGAUCGACUACAUCGGCCUUUUGCUCUUCAUAGCAGGCUGCGUGCUCUUCCUGCUCGGCAUCAACUACGGCGGCCGCCAGUACGCGUGGACCUCUGCCCAUGUCAUCGCCCCCAUGGUCGUCGGCGUCCUGUGCCUCAUCGCGCUGGGAUUUUACGAAGUGUAUGCGGAUCUGCCGCUCCCGAUCAUGCCGCCCAAGAUCUUCAGGAAGUGGAGAGAAGUCACUAUGAUCUACGUUAUUUGCUUCGUCGGCGGGAUGUUAUACUACUCCCUCAACGUAAUCUGGCCACGCCAAUCCCAACUCCUCUUCACAGGUCCCAACAAAAUCAUCCAGGGCCUCUACGCCGAGCUCAUCCCGCUGGGCUCCGUCACCAGCGGCCUGAUCCUGGCCUUCGUCUGCGCCCGCAUCGGCCACGAGCGCUGGCAGCUCGUCUUCCUGAUGACGCUCGAGACCGCGCUGAUCGGCUCGCUGGCCUCGCUCGGCGUCGACGACAGGAUCCAGGCCAUCGCCACGAUCCCGUUUCUCAGUAUCAGCAUUAGUCUGCCGCAGCUGAUGAGCUUUGCGAUGAUUAGUCUGGGCUUGGGGGACGAGUUUAGGGAUGAUAUUGGCUGCGCCGUCGGGCUAGCAGGCACAUUCCGCCUCCUGGGCGGCUCCAUCGCAACGGCGAUCUACACCGCCAUCACAAACAACACUUUCGCCUCGCACCUGCCCGGCGAAGUGUCCCGCGCGGCGCCCAACUUCACCGCCAUGACCGCUCUGCUCAAGGCCGCGGCCGCUAACACCGCAGCGGCGUACAAAGCCGUGCCUGGCAUCACCGAGGAGGUCGUCGCGGCGACGCAGAUGGCGGUCAAGUACGCGUAUGUGGAGGCGUACAGGACGACGUAUCUGAGCGCGCUGGGCUUUGGCGGGCUUGCUAUUGGCGCGGCGUUGCUGACGAAGAGUACGGAUCGGGGGAUGAAGAAUAAUAAGAGGAUUGUGGUGCUGGAGAAUGAGAAGGGGAAGAGUGGGGAGGAGGUUUUGAGUGGAAAGGCUUAG